AUGGCCGCCGAGAACACCAAGCUCUUCCAGCCCCUCAAGAUGGGCAAGAUGGACCUCGCCCACCGCGUCGUCAUGGCUCCCCUCACCCGCUACCGCGCCGACGACGACGGCGCCCCGAUCCUCCCCAUGGUCGCCAAGUACUACGCCGACCGCGCCUCCACCCCGGGCACCCUCCUCAUCAGCGAGGCCACCGCCGUCUCCCCCGCCGACAUUGGCGACCUCAACCUUCCCGGCUUCUCCACCGAGGCCGAGUGCGCCGCCUGGAAGCAGGUCUUUGACGCCGUCCACGCCAAGGGCAGCUACAUCUUCCAGCAGCUCUGGUCCCUCGGCCGCGCCGCCGACCCCGACUUCGUCAAGGGCCGCGGCUACAAGUACUGCUCCUCCUCCGACGUCCAGAUGACCGGUCGCCCCGUGCCCCCCGAGCCCCUCACCGAGGACGAGAUCUGGGUCAAGAUCAACGCCUGGCGCGACGCCGCCAAGAAGGUCGUCGCCGCCGGCGGCGACGGCGUCGAGAUCCACGGCGCCCACGGCUACCUCGUCGACCAGUUCACCCGCGACUCGGCUAACAAGCGCACCGACAAGUGGGGCGGCUCCGUCGAGAACCGCGCCCGCUUCCUCCUCGAGAUCGUCAAGGCCUGCGUCGAGGAGAUCGGCGCCGAGCGCGUCGCCCUCCGCCUGAGCCCCUUCGCCACCUUCCAGGAGUCCUACAGCACCGACCCGGACACCUGGGAGCAGACCAUCUACAUCAUCCGCGAGCUCAAGAAGGCCGGCUACAAGCUCGCCUACAUCUCCCUCGUCGAGGCCGUCGGCAACCCCGUCAACCUCGGCAUCGUGCCCCGCCAGCCCACCGACGACGUCCAGCCCUUCGCCGAGGACCGCCCCCAGACCCUCGACUUCAUCCUCGAGGAGUGGGACAACAUCUCCCCCGUCGUCGUCGCCGGCGGCUACCUCGGCGACAGCGCCCGCUGGGCCGUCGACGAGCGCUACAAGAAGUGGGACGUCGCCGUCGCCUUUGGCCGCUACUUCAUCUCCAAUCCCGACCUCGUCUUCCGCGUCAAGAACAACAUCCCCUUCACCCCCUACGACCGCUCCACCUUCUACCUCAAGAAGAGCAACGAGGGCUACAACACUUGGGAGUUCUCCGAGGAGUACGUCAAGGCCAACAGAUCCGCCUAA